ACAUUUUUACAAUCGGCUGUGCUCCAUUUCCAUUUCCUGGUUGUUCGCAAAAACUAAUCGCUCGAACUUCCCAACAACCAGCAAAAACCCCACAAGGCAUAGAGAUUCCAUCGGAUCGAUAUAUAUGGUGGAUUCUCCAUCCAUAUGUUUUUAAUUUGGAUUGUGCGUAACCUAGGAUUCCUGCCUCAUAUGGGUUUCCAUAUAAGGACACCGGUCCCUAGUAAAUAGAUCCGGCUCUACCCUGUCUCACCUGCACCCCUACUUAAUUAAUCGCAAAAUAUCGAGCCUCUUCCAUUUUGGAAGCAUGCCGGGCCCCGUGUCCCUUACGUCGUUCAAUGUGAACGCCUCUCCCCGGCCAUUGUUCUCGCAGUUAAAAAAGAUGAUACUAAAAUGAUCAGUUUGUCCUCGGCUGAAUCGUCGAUCCAAAUGUCCCCUUCGUAAACGUCCAUUUAAGCAGCUCCUUAGCGGCCACUUCCAGGAGGCUACCAUCCUUAAUUCAUUAAUUCACCAUCACGGGCCAUACACAUCGGCAGUAUGCACCAUUCUUUCCACGCAGCUAGGAAUCAAGUUCCCACUCUAUGAUGAGUUUAUAAAUAGCGAGAGAUUCAGAUUCCUGCUCCAGAGAGAGAGAGAGAGAGAGAGAGAGAGCUAUAUACAACACUUAUAUACCCAUCUUUAAUUGCCAUUCAUCUCAUCCCUCUCUGAUCCAGUCCGGUCUGAAAUGGGCACGGAAGAGAAUGGCAACGGCAGGCUAGAGGGUGGCGUCACGAACCACGAGGCAGCCAUUGAGGAGGAGGAGGAGGAGGAGGAGAUGGAGGAGAUGAGCCAGCUGAGCCACCGGAGGAAGAAGGGCAAGAAGGAGACGACGGAAGAAGGGAGAGAAGAAGAGGAAACGGUGCCGAUCGAGAAGGUGUUCGAGGGGAAAGAGGUGCCGCCCUGGCGGGAGCAGCUCACGUUUCGAGCCCUGGCGGUGGCCGCCUUCCUCGCAAUCAUGUUCAGCUUUAUCGUGAUGAAACUUGGCCUCACCACCGGUAUCGUUCCCUCGCUCAACAUAGCUGCCGGCCUCCUCGGCUUCUUCUUCGUCAGGCUGUGGACCAAAGCCCUCCAGAUGACGGGCUGCCUCCAGAAGCCCUUCACCCGCCAGGAGAACACCGUCAUUCAGACGUGCGUGGUUGCCGCCUCCGGCAUCGCCUUCAGCGGUGGCUUUGGCAGUUACCUUUUCGGCAUGAGUGGAAGAAUUGCCGGACAAGCAACGGAAGACAAUGAUGCACAAAACAUCAAAGACCCAAGAUUAGGGUGGAUAAUUGGUUUUCUCUUCGUCGUUAGUUUUCUUGGUCUCUUCUCCCUUGUGCCCCUCAGAAAGAUCAUGAUCAUCGACUACAAACUGAUCUAUCCAAGCGGUACUGCAACAGCAUUCCUCAUCAAUGGCUUUCACACUCCUCAGGGUGCCAAGCUAGCAAAGAAACAAGUAAGGACAUUAGGCAAGUUUUUCACCUUUAGCUUCCUGUGGGGAUUCUUUCAGUGGUUCUACAGUUCCAAUGAUCAGUGUGGAUUCCAAGUUUUUCCCUCAUUAGGUCUUCAAGCCUACAAGAACACGUUUUACUUCAACUUUUCCGCAGCUUAUGUCGGAGUUGGAAUGAUAUGCCCAUAUAUUGUGAACAUUUCCGUUCUCCUUGGAGCCAUCCUUUCUUGGGGAAUCAUGUGGCCGCUUAUAGGUAAAAAAGAGGGCAGUUGGUACCCACCAGGUCUCGGCCUAGGCGAUCUUCAUGGCUUGCAGGGCUACAGGGUAGCUAUCCGCGAUUAUUGCAACCUUUCACUCAAGCCUGUUCUCAAGUUCAUGUUUUCUUCCAUUCUGCAGGUCUUCAUAGCCAUCGCCCUGAUCCUCGGGGAUGGCCUCUACAACUUCAUCAAAGUCCUAUCUCGAGUUAUUUUCUCCUUCAUUUCCAUGGCACGGAGUAAAGGUUCCAGGAGCACGCUUCCUAUCUCAGAUGAUGAUCGUCCGACCGCCGCCACCCCUCCAAUAUCCUUCGACGACCGACGUCGAACCGAAUUCUUCAUUAAAGAUCAAAUUCCAAAACGAAUUGCAUUUGGGGGCUAUGUUGCCAUCGCAGCCAUCUCCAUCGCCACCCUUCCUCACAUUUUCCCACAGCUUAAAUGGUACUUUGUCUUGCUUGCCUACAUCUUCGCACCAGUACUAGCCUUCUGCAACGCUUAUGGUUGCGGCCUCACCGAUUGGUCUCUCGCCUCCGCCUAUGGAAAGCUCGCCAUUUUCCUUUUUGGAGCUUGGGCAGGUGCUUCAAACGGCGGCGUGAUAGCAGGCCUUGCAGCUUGCGGCGUCAUGAUGAGCAUCGUGUCCACCGCUUCGGACCUCAUGCAAGACUUCAAAACAGGAUACCUGACGCUGGCCUCACCAAGGUCCAUGUUUGUUAGCCAAAUAAUUGGCACCGCAAUGGGUUGUGUGAUUGCUCCAUGUGUCUUCUGGCUUUUCUACAAGGCCUUCGAUGACCUCGGCUUAUCUGGGAGUGAAUACCCAGCACCCUACGCCUCUAUCUACCGGGGCAUCGCAAUACUCGGCGUCGAUGGCUUCUCGUCGCUGCCGAAGCACUGCCUCACUUUCUGCUACGUUUUCUUCGCUGCCGCCAUUCUCAUCAACCUGGGAAGAGAUUUCUCCGGGAAGAAGGUCGCAAGGUUUAUACCACUCCCCAUGGCGAUGGCGAUACCUUUCUACAUUGGGGCAUACUUUUGCAUCGAUAUGUGCGUAGGGAGCUUGAUACUGUUCGUGUGGGAGACGGUGAACAAGGCUCAGGCGGACGCAUUUGCGCCUGCAGUGGCCUCCGGUUUGAUAUGCGGCGAUGGGAUAUGGACGCUACCUCAAUCAGUGCUCGCCAUAGCUAAAGUGAAGCCACCGAUAUGCAUGAAAUUCCUAUCGAGGCAAGUCAACGACAAAGUGGAUGCUUUCAUUAGUGCGACCUUAUCGUAGUGUUUGCUCUUAAUUUCUUGGUUCACAAAGAAGGUAGGAAUUGGUUUCGGGGAUCGAGAGGAUGAACUGCUUAUCCACAAACACUAUAUGGCAUCUAAGUGGUCGCAUGCAUUCUGUAGUUAUGGUUUGAGUCAGCUAGUACUUGAUUUGCUUAAUUUGUGAUUCUUAUAAUGCAUGAAUUAUGAAGAAAUGAAGUUAUGGGAGGUCGGUACAAGCUAGAAGUUGU